UCUCGCUCAGAAUUCUGGAAUCUGCAAAGGUUUCUCCAAAGGCAAUCAUAGAGAUCUUUUCCAAGCAUUCUGUUCCUCAGCUUUUCGCAGCGAUGGCGAAGCUGACUCUGAUGCGAUGUCUCUUCGUAUUUCUUUACUCUGCAUUACUGUUUUCUGCAACCUCAGCAACUACAGAUAUGAUCGACGUUACAGCACUACAAGAUCUUUUCAGUGCCUUGAACUACCCACCCCGGCUAACUGGAUGGAAAUCUGUCGGUGGUGACCCCUGUGGGGAAGAUUGGAAGGGAAUAUCCUGCACUGAAACUUCAGUUCAAUCCAUUAAAAUUGAUGGGCUAGGGAUCAACGGAACAUUGGGCCUCCAGCUAUCAAGCCUCCUCUCACUGAAAUAUUUUGAUGCUGGAUUCAAUAACAUUCAGGGUGAAAUUCCUUCCAAUUUACCUCCCAAUGCCACCCACAUAAAUUUGUCAUUUAAUCAAAUCAGCCAGAACAUCCCAUCCUCCUUCGCUUCUGUGAAAUAUCUCCGCUAUCUGAAUCUUAGCCACAAUUCCCUAUCUGGGCCUAUUGGCAACAUAUUUACAGAUCUGCUGAAUCUAAAACAAUUGGAUCUGUCUUACAACAAUUUCAGUGGAGAUUUGCCAGUCUCAUUCAGUAAUUUGACGAAUCUUAAAAUUCUUCAUUUACAGAACAACCAAUUCACCGGAUUGGUUACCUUCCUGGCUAAGCUCCCACUGUCUGAACUUAAUAUCCAAAACAACUGCUUCAGUGGUGUCGUCCCAAAGCAUUUUGAAAACAUUCCAAAUCUCAGUAUCGAGGGAAAUGUGUUUGUGAGCGGGGUUGUGCAUUCUCCUCUCCCUUAUAACCCUUGGAAUGAAAGUAAUGCCUUAACAACCAUGUCCAGUACUGUCAAGAACUAUUAUACCUUUCUCGAAGCGUAUAUCCAAAAUCACAAGUGGCUGGGAAUAACUUCUAUAGUUGGCGUAGUAGUAUUGGUAGCAAGAUGUAUCGUGGCCCUUGUUUCAAUCCACAUCCGUUUCUCACAUAGACAUAAGCUUGAGAGAUUGGAGAUUAUCCACCACACUUCACAUCGUCUUCCGAUCAGUACACGAAUCAGAGCACCAAGAGAUAGCCCGGAGCAACAGUCCAUCCGUUCAUCUGCUGUGGACAGUCUAAGGCAUAUACCCUCUUUUCGUAAUUGCAGAACAGAUCGAUUCUCUAGAAUAAGAAGCCUUUCAAGGAGAAGCAGAGCACCAAUGACUGCCAAGCUUUAUACUGUUGCAGACCUGCGAGUUGCUACAAACAGCUUCGCAGAAGACAACCUUCUUGGAGAGGGCUCUCUUGGUUCUGUCUACAAAGGCGUGUUCCACGAUGGUGAGAUUUUUGCUGUAAAGAAAAUCAAUAUGAUGCCUCUGUCUCUCCAUAAAGAAGUCAAAUUCAUAGAGCUAGUCAGGAGCAUGUCUCUUUUGAGGCAUCCGAACAUCUCAAGCCUUUUAGGCUAUUGUAUGGAGCACCAGCAGUACCUUCUGGUGUAUGAGUAUGCAGGGAAUAUAACGCUCGAAGACAUCCUGCAUUCGGCUCAUGAUGAUGGUAGAUAUCUGUCCUGGAAUGCUCGUGUGUGGAUUGCCCUUGAUGUAGCACUGGCUUUGGAGUAUUUGCACCUGACAAUCUGGCCUCCUGUUGCACAUGGCAACAUAAAGGCCACCAAUGUCUUGCUCAAUGAUGAUCUCAGGCCUCGUAUCUGUGACUGUGGAUUAGCUGUUCUGAGGCCCCUCACCUGCAUUAAGCCUUCUGAACUGCCUACUGGUGGCAUGGGUUACAAUGCUCCAGAAUAUGGCAUGCCAGGAAUCGAUAAGACCAAGAGUGAUGUCUAUGGGUUUGGAGUUUUGUUGAUGGAGCUGUUAACAGGGCUGAAACCUUUUGACAGUUCAAGGGCAAGAGAGAAGCGUAAUCUAAUUAAAUGGGCUUCGACGCGGCUACACAAUUUCAAUUAUUUGGAAGAGAUGGUUGAUCCAGCCAUCAGAGGCAGCUACUCCGCCUUGGCUCUGUUCCGGUGCACUGAAGCCAUUACACUCUGCACUCAGGUGGAACCGGAGGUCAGGCCUCCAAUCUCUGAGAUUGUGGAAUUGCUGGCCUCUCUCAUUUAACAGACGAGCCACACGGCGGACAGGGUCGAGGUAGAAUCAACUGGCACGCCUUUCAAGACUCCUCGUACCCACUUUGAAUCUUACUACCAUGACUAGCUACCAUCAUCAUCGGCAGCAGUUCAGAUGGCAGCAGCAGCAGCAGCAUCAUCAUCAGUGGCAGCAGCAGCAGAUCUGAGUCUGGUAGAUGUUUGUCGUUCGAGUGGGACCAAUUUGGAUUCCCGGUCGAUAUCUUUAUGUUAUUUUAUUUUUAUACAUCUGUAAAGAUGGGUUGUAAUUUGAAUUUAUGGUUUAUGUUCUGUAUU